AUGUGGCGGCAAUUCCAGCGGCGGGCGGCGUCGACGUUCUCGAUCCAAUCGCAUCUGCAGACUGGACUUCUGGGCACCCAUGCCGACUUCUCUCACAAGAACGCGCUCUUCCGGCGAUCCCACCAACCCAAUGUCGACUACCAAACCAGUGCCGUGAUGAGUCUGGGUCUGCCCAAAGCGUCGGUACUUCCCACGGCAGAGUCCAUCGCCCACGAGUUUGGUCUCAAGCAUGCUGCGUCGGUCGCAUCCGCAUCCGCUACCAAGCCAGGCUUCAUCAACAUCAAGCUUCAGGAUGCGUGGAUCGCCGAGCAUGCUGUGCAUGUGGCCACCCAUGGCGUGAAGCCCCGACGCCAGGACCAUCCCCAGCACGUGCUGGUGGACUUUGCCUCGCCCAACAUGGGCAAAGAGUUGCAUGUGGGCCACUUGCGAUCCAGCGUAUUGGGCGACACGAUCAGCAACAUGCUUGAAUUUGAUGGCCAUCUGGUAUCUCGGAUCAGCCACGUCGGCGAUUUAGGCGCCGCCAUCGCCACGUUGCUAGUUCAAUCAUUAGAUGAACUAGACAACUCUGCGAAUGGACUUCCCCGCUCAUUUGACCUGUCGACGUCGGUUGAAACGUUAGGGCAAUGGUACGGGCGUGGCAAACAGCGGUUGGGGAACGGUGACGUCGAGUUUAAAACCACGGUCGACGACACUGUGCUGGGGCUGCAACGACAAGACUCGAAAUGGCACACGCCUUGGGAUUUGACGUGUGCCAUAAGUCGCUCGGCCCAUCACGCGCUAUACCAACGCCUUGGAGUACAAGUGACCGAACGUGGCGAGUCGACGUACUUGUCGCUGAUUCCCACUGUCUUGAGCAAGCUGGGGACAAUUGCGUCCGAAUCCCAAGGCGCGUUAUGCAUCUUUGUGGACGGCCAAGAUAAAUCGCCCAUGCUCGUGCGGAAACAAGAUGGCGGGUUUUUGUACGCCACGACCGACUUGACGGCGUUGUAUUCGCGGGUAUUUGGGUGGGCCAAAGACCCUGUCGCGUACGACCGACUGAUUUAUGUGACGGAUCUCAGCCAAAGUUUGCACUUUCGGCACUUGUUUGAAGCCGCGAAACUGGCAGGCUGGCUCGAUGGGCGACACGUGACGCUGCAGCACGCAGGGUUUGGCCUUGUCAUGGGCGAAGACGGCACGAAAUUGAGUUCCCGCAAAGGCGGCGCCACGACGUUGAAGAGUCUCUUGGACCACGCAGCAUUGGAAUCUCAAAAGCGGUCGGCCGUCCCAGAUGCUGACCAUCAAGCGAUUGGCGAUGCUGCGGUGCGGUACUACGACCUAGCCCAACACCGCGAGCGCAACUACAAGUUUUCGUACGCAAAUGUGCUGAAUUUGAAGGGCAACACGGCACCGUAUCUCAUGUAUGCGACAGCGCGCCUGCAGGGCAUUCUGCGCAAAACAGCAGAGGGAGGUCGCCAUGGUACUUCGAUGGGUUCGUGGGCGACUUUCUUAGCUGAGCAUCCUGACGCCAGUGGCCAACUACGCCGUGCAUCAACUGACUGGCAUCCAAAUGAGCGGGCGUUGGCACUUGUGCUUGGGCAAUUCCAAGACGCGCUGGUCGAAACCCAAGCCAACUGGCAUCCGCAUAUUCUGGCCGACUAUUUGUUUCGCGUGGUCACAUCGUUUCACUCGUUUUACGAGACGUGCCACGUCCAGCAAAACCCGGCGCGCCUGGUGCUGUGCGCCGCCACCGACGCCGUGCUUCGACGCGGGCUCCACCUGCUCGGGAUUCCAACUGUUGACCGCAUGUAAUUAGUAGUACUAGUAGUAGUAGUACUAGUUGCCGACGGUUGUUGGGUGAUCAUCCAUGUCGUACAAUAAUAAGACGAACGUUAUCAGGAGAGUUCAAUGCAG